AUGUCGCCCCAUUCGCAGAGUCGAACUCCCAAGCAAUUGGAUGCAUUCAAGAUUUCUCUGUUCAGAUCUUCGACCGAGCGUCCGAUCCCACAACAUGGCUCCAAAGAGCUAUGGGCGCAAAACAUGUGCUCCGACCACAUGGGCAUGAAAGUCUAUCGUGGCUUUGAUGGCAAUUUGAGACUUUUCAGGCCAGACUGUAACGCCAAGAGGUUGAGUUCCAGUGCCCAGCGCGUAGCUUUGCCGUCGUUCGAUGAGGGUGCGCUGGUUCAAUUGAUCAAGUCACUCGUGCGCGUGGACGCCCCAAGAUGGCUUCCCAAAGAAGCCGCCGGUCGAUUCCUCUACAUUCGGCCUUCCCUGGUCGGAACCGGCGAGCAAAUCGGUGUUCAACUCCCCACGGAGGCAACGCUCUACAUCAUCAUGGUCCCCUGGCCAGACUUCUCCAUCGAGACUCCUCCGGGCAUCAUUCGCUCGAGGCCCGGUCUACGAUUUUGUGCCUCCGCCGGGGACACCAUCCGAGCCUGGCCGGGAGGAUUUGGGUAUGCCAAAGUCGGAGCCAACUACGGCACGACCUUUCGAGUCCAUGGGCAAGCUCUCAGCUCGGGUUUUGACCAAAUUCUGUGGCUUUUUGGUCCCGAUUGCCAGGUCACGGAAGCCGGGGCCAGCAACUUCUUUGCCGUUGUUAGGAACGCGGCGACGAACCGGACAGAGCUUCUCACGGCGUCGCUUACAGAGAACUUGAUCUUGGAUGGAGUCACUAGGCGGUCUGUUCUGGAUUUGAUUCGGUCGAGGUUGUCUGAUGAGUUAGGCAUUGUAGAGAGGAACUUUACGAUGCAUGAGUUGGUAGAAGCUUGGGAGGACGGCCGUCUCCUCGAGACGUUCGUGUCUGGGACUGCUUUCUUCAUUACGCUGGUUUCUUCGAUUCACUUCCGAGGCCGUGACCUCCUGAUGCCUGACGUUGACGAGGAGACAACAAAAUGUUAUGCCUCUGUUAUCAAAGUCCCUGUUUGUUGA